CUUGUCUAUUUCUCUGUUAUCUUCUGCGGGGAAUGAACAGCGCUUCCACCCUCAAUGCUGUUUGUUUGGAAUAUCACAAUAUCUGUAAAGUUUCUCAGGGAACAAAUUUCGACAUUCUGAAGAUUGUUUCACAUUAGCUACAUGGAACUGCAAAUACUUAUUUUCUGGAGUUUUCUGUUUCCACAUGCGUUUCUGAUCGUCGCCGAGUGCUGCUGAGGAACACUACACUGACAGUGGCGUUAUAGAGACAGACAUUAUUAAAAUGAGCUGAUAAAACUACGGUAAAUUUUUAUUACAUGGACACCAAUUGCACUUGCUUUCUAUACGAGUGGGGAAAAUGAAGUCGCGGAUACUUAAAAGAAGAUUUGAACCUCAGUUUGGAGAUUAAACGCUUUUUAAAAUAGCAUUUUUGCUUGUUUGGUAUGCUAUCUAUGAUUUUAACGAACCUAAAUGCAGCCGAAGGAGACCAGGAGGUGUUUGAUCCGCAUGACUUGAGGAUUUUAUUUUAUUGGGGUUAAAUGGUUCUGAUAACGGACAGCAGGGAUGGCGGAGGAUCAUCUCCAGGAAAAGUUAAACCACUUAAACAUGCUAAAAGCGCCCAGAUCUGUCCCACUAUCGUGGAGGAAUCACCUGAUCGCUCUGGCGAUAACGAUUAUGAUGAAUAUCUCGGCUCGGUCGAGUUGGAUGUGAACUUCGAGGAGUUGGAUGUUUUCUCAGACCUGCCGGAUACCAGGAGCAUCGCCUCAGAUGACUCCUUUUAUCCACCGGACGAUGACUUUGCUGUUUCGGAGAGAACCCCUUCCCCGGAGAGUCCCGCACCGCUGUCCUUUUUUCAGGCGUGUUGCAACAACAACGCGCUUAUAGUGAAACUCAUGAUUAGACAAAUAGUCACGGAGGAGGAUGUACAGGAGACGGACAAAAACAAUAGAACUGGACUAAUAGUGGCAUGCUACCAAGGAUACGUGGAUGUGGUGGUUGCUCUCUCCCAGUGUCCUCACCUGGACGUGAACUGGCAGGACAAUGAAGGCAAUACAGCCCUCACCACUGCUGCUCAGGCGGGUCACAUCACAAUCAUUAACUACCUACUCAACUACUUUCCCGGGCUUGACAUCGAGAAGAGGAACUGCCACGGUUUCACCGCUCUGAUGAAAGCUGCUAUACAGGGUCGAGUGGAAUGUGUCAGAGCCCUGAUGCUGGCAGGAGCUGACAUAGAUGCCAGGGACAAAGGGAGGAAGUUCACUGCGCGAGAGUGGGCCAUCUUUACAAGCCGCUAUGACACUGUGUUCGCCAUGACGCGGCUGAUGCAGCAGCCGUGUGCGGAUCAGUUCUGCGACACCUAUCGGUCUGAGUGGCCCCUUCUGCCUGCGCUGGUGGCCAAAGCUCAGGCGCCCAAAGGCUGCAUUCAGAAAAUUUCAGAGACACUAAGUGACUUCUUUGACAUCAGUAACGUCACCGAGGCGUCAGAAGACGGGGUUCUGGAUCACAUGGUGCGCAUGACAACAUCGCUGGGGAGCCCGUUCAUCGCAACGGCGUGUCGAACGGUGUGUCCCGGCAGCCCGCCCUGUGUGGGAAAACGCCGGUACUCUGUUCAGGAGAUACUAAAAAAACAACGCAUCGAGCAGCUGAAAAGUCUGCGACCCGAGCGCCUCGAGAACUACAAACGUCUCUUCCAGAACUCCCGCGUCCUGCUGGUGCCCAAAUCGAAAGAUCGUCGUGCGAGUCUGCAACCCCAGGCCCAAUCAGACGGCUCCUCCUCUUCCUCCCCGGGCAUCCGCAGGGCCAGUCUGCUCCCCUUACACCUGCUGAGGAGGAGCAGCGUUAGGCCAGGUAUGGUGGUGCCCAAGCUGAGGAUUACCAAGGCUGCUUCGUCAACCUACGUGCCGGAGAAAGUGCGGCGGAAAAGCAGCUGUAUAGACGACCAGUUCCUCCAGAUCCCAAAGUGGAGAUACAAAGAACUGAAAGAGGAGCGAAAGAAAGCAGAGGAGGCGGAAAGGAAAAGACUGGAGGCCAUAACGAAGAGACAACUCACUACAGGCAAAAGGAAAUAAAUGUGUGCAGACACACCGCUCACCGUUUUAUACUUGAAAUGCAAUUUUGAUGUUGGAUUCUAAUUUAUUUGACUUUUUUUUUUU